AUUAUAAACACCCCCUUUCAAACUUUAGUUUUGCUAAUUUGAGGCUCCAAGGUGGACCCUCCCACCACCCCCCGCUGAGGAUCAUGAGAUCUGGCUCCCUACCUGAUUGUUGCUAGACUUUCACUUACACUACCUUGAGUACGAGACUUUCACCUACACUAUCUUGAGAGGCAAUCCCUAGAGGGCCUUCGAUGUGCCUAUUUAUUUAAAAAAAAAAAAAAAAAAAAAAGGCCUGUCAUCUCAGUGGGUUAAAGAGGCAGGGUGUGGUUACCUCACCUGGCUGAUGAGCAACCCCCUUCUCUCUUUCUGCAGUGCAGGAUUUUUGUAAGCAACAAAAUCUUAUUUAAACUCUGUGUCCAUCAUCUUUUCACCACACUUGGCACAGUAGUCUGUGACCUAUUUCUCCUGACAUCAUAUCAGAAAGCAAGGCACACCUGUUGCUUCAACUUAGCUCACAGCCCAUAGAUUUUAUCUCCCAGAAGCAAAAGAGAUUGCCUUUUAGGCUUGAGAGCCAAUGAAAGUGAGCCAGGACUUAGUUUGUGCUGGCACCAAGGAAAUGCCUUUUUCCCCAGAGCCGGCAACUAAACUAUAAGAGGUAAGCAGUUCUCAGAGGAGACAGAAGGCAACAGCUCUACCAUCCUCCAAACAUCUGAAGCCCCCCAUAGAAACUCCUCUUGGAAUUGGUGGUUCCCUGUCUGACCCAAAUGCUAGGCCGAUUUCAACCCUUCUCCUUGGUCCGGAGUUUCAGACUGGGAUUUGGAGCCUGCUGCUAUCCAAACCAAAAAUGUGCUACUCAGACCAUCAGACCCCCUGACUCCAGGUGCCUAGUCCAAGCAGUUUCUCAGAACUUUAAUUUUGCAAAGGAUGUGUUGGAUCAGUGGUCCCAGCUGGAAAAGGACGGACUCAGAGGGCCUUACCCCGCCCUCUGGAAGGUUAGUGCCAAAGGAGAAGAGGACAAAUGGAGCUUUGAAAGGAUGACUCAACUCUCCGAGAAGGCCGCCAGCAUCCUCUCAGACACCUGUGCCCUUAGCCAUGGAGACCGGCUGAUGAUAAUCUUGCCCCCAACACCUGAAGCCUACUGGAUCUGCCUGGCCUGUGCGCGCUUGGGAAUCACCUUUGUGCCUGGGAGCCCCCAGCUGACUGCCAAGAAAAUUCGCUAUCAAUUACGCAUGUCUAAGGCCCAAUGCAUUGUGGCUGAUGAAGCUACGGCCCCAGUUGUAAACUCUGCCAUGUCCGACUGCCCCACCUUGAAAACCAAGCUCCUGGUGUCAGAUAAGAGCUAUGAUGGGUGGUUGGAUUUCAAGAAGUUGAUUCAAGUUGCCCCUCCAAAGCAGACCUACAUGAGGACCAAAAGCCAAGAUCCAAUGGCCAUAUUCUUCACCAAGGGUACAACAGGAGCUCCCAAAAUGGUCGAGUAUUCCCAGUAUGGUUUGGGAAUGGGAUUCAGCCAGGCUUCCAGACGGUGGAUGGAUCUCCAGCCAACAGAUGUCUUGUGGAGUCUGGGUGAUGCCUUUGGUGGAUCUUUAUCCCUGAGCGCUGUCUUGGGAACUUGGUUCCAAGGAGCCUGUGUGUUUCUGUGUCACAUGCCAACCUUCUGCCCUGAGACUGUUCUAAAUGUCCUGUCCAGAUUUCCCAUCACCACUCUAUCUGCAAAUCCAGAGAUGUACCAGGAACUGCUUCAGCACAAGUGUUUCACCAGCUACAGAUUCAAGAGUCUGAAGCACUGUGUGGCUGCAGGAGGACCCAUCAGCCCUGGGGUGACUGAGGACUGGAAACGCAUCACUAAGUUGGACAUCUAUGAAGGCUAUGGGCAGACGGAAACUGGUCUACUCUGUGCCACUUCCAAAACAAUAAAAUUGAAGCCAAGCUCUCUGGGGAAGCCAUUGCCACCUUAUAUUGUCCAGAUUGUGGAUGAAAACUCAAAUCUCCUGCCUCCAGGGGAAGAAGGAAAUAUUGCAAUCCGCAUAAAACUAAACCAACCUGCUUCUCUGUACUGUCCACACAUGGUGAGCUGGGAGGAAUAUGCUUCAGCAAGAGACCACAUGCUUUACCUCACAGGUGACAGAGGGAUCAUGGAUGAAGACGGCUACUUCUGGUGGUCUGGUAGAGUUGAUGAUGUUGCCAAUGCAUUGGGUCAGAGAUUGUGA